AUAAACCUUACCAACCCAACUUUUCCUCAUGCUUUCACAAUGGGAAAUGAGAGAACUUCUCUUCUUCUUCUUUUAUCUAGAUAGCUCUUUUAUGCCCUCAAUCAUUUCAAAGCUUGUAGGUUUGGUUGGUUAGUUAAAAUUCUGUUAAGAUAAACUACUUUAUUCUACAUACCGGAGAGAUGGAUAGGAUUCAAGAGACCGAUCAAAGUAACAAAACACGGUAUUCUUCGUCUUCAGCUGUAGCUUUAGCAAUCAAGGGUAGCAAGAAAAGCAAAUAUGUUGUUCAAUGGGCACUUAACAAGUUUGUUCCAGAGGGAAUGAUCAUCUUCAAGCUGAUACAUGUUCAUGCUGGUAUAAUCGGAGUUCCUACACCAUUGGGAGUUGUGCUCCCAGUUUCGCAAGUGCGUAACGAUGUAGCAGCCGCAUACAAAAAGGAAGUGGAGCAUCAAAUAAAUCAAAUGGUUCUACCUUUUAAGAAAAUGUGUGAACAGAGAAAGGUUCAUGUAGAUGUUGUACUGAUUGAAUCGGAUGAUGUGGCAUCUGCAGUGGCAGAGGAAGUAACUAAGGAUGCUAUAACCAAAUUGGUCAUCGGAGCUUCAUCUGGUGGUAUAUUUAAAAGUAAACAAAAGAGUAUGUCUGCAAAAAUCUCAGUACGCACUCCAAGAUUUUGUACAGUUUAUGCUGUUUCAAAAGGGAAUUUAUCCAUACGGCCAUCAGACAUGCAGAUUGAUGAAACCAUUACCGAUGACACCAGUGAAAUCAGUUUUUCCUCCAGCAGCUCAUCGAACUACACUUCUACGACUCAAACAGAUUCUGGCUCAGUUGCGUCAUAUGCUGCUUUACAUACCUCUUCCCUGGCAACACAGCGAUUUCAAGCUCUUUCAAAUAUGAAUCAGACCCUUCUAAGCACAACUCAUGGUUUGAAUGAAACUAAUCAUUCUAGAGGCCAGUCCAUUGAUCUUGGGAGAGAGAAUCCUGCUACAAGUUCUGCUAGAAACUCAGAUUUUGGUCGUGCUCUGAGUCGGGCAUCUAGUUACAGAAGCAUUGUUUCGGACCCUGAAUCUUGGAUUAAUGAUCAAAAUUGUUUAAAGGGUUCGCCAGUAGCUACUAAACUGUCGUCACCAAAUAGACAGGAAAAUUUUACCCUUGAGCUGGAAAAGUUGAGAAUUGAACUAAGACAUUUCCAAGGAAUGCAUGCAGUAGCUCAAACGGAGAACAUCGAUGCAUCACGAAAGCUAAAUGAGCUAAGCAAGAGGAGAUCAGGAGAAUCCAUGAAAAUGAAGGAGAUUAUCGCUAAGGAAGAGGUGGCCAAUGAAUUAGCAACACAACAAAGAGAGAAAUAUGAAGCUGCUGCAAGAGAAGCUGAAUAUUUGAAAGAAUGUGCUGAAAGAGAAGCUGCAGAAAGAAAAGAAACUGAGUUGAAAGCUAUCCGUGCUGCCAAAGAGAAAGAAAAGCUAGAGGAUGCUCUAAGCGGUUCCACACUCCAGUACCGGAAGUUUACGUGGGAUGAAAUAGUUUUAGCUACUUCGUCUUUCUCUGAAGAACUGAAAAUUGGAAUGGGUGCUUAUGGAAUGGUGUAUAAGUGCACUUUGCAUCACACAACGGUUGCUGUUAAAGUUCUCCACUCUGCCGGAAUCAGCCAAAACAAGCAAUUCCAGCAAGAGUUAGAGAUAUUGAGCAGAAUUCGUCAUCCAAACUUGCUUCUUCUUCUUGGUGCAUGUUCUGAUCAUGGAUGUCUUGUGUAUGAAUACAUGGAAAAUGGCAACUUGGAGGAUAGACUGCUCCAGAAAAACAGUAAUAACCCAAUCCCAUGGUUUGAGAGAUUUCGAAUAGCUUGGGAAGUUGCGUCAGCUCUUUCAUUUCUUCACAGCUCAAAGCCACAACCUAUUAUCCAUCGCGACUUGAAGCCUGCAAACAUCUUGCUUGGCCGUAAUCUUGUCAGCAAAAUUGGUGAUAUUGGUCUUUCUACAAUCCUCAAUUCAGAUGAAUUAUCUACCAUGUAUAAGGACACGGCGCCUGUUGGAACACUCAGCUAUAUUGAUCCUGAGUAUCAAAGGAGCGGCUUAAUAUCUACGAAAUCCGAUGUUUACGCUUUUGGAUUAGUGAUGUUACAGUUAUUGACAGCAAAACCAGCAAUAGCCCUUACUCAUGUGGUUGAAAUGGCAAUCGAAGGUGGUAAUUUAACCGAUAUAUUGGAUCCAAAGGCAGGAUCAUGGCCGUUUCAAGAGACAUUAGACUUAGCUCGAUUAGCUUUGAGUUGUGCAGAGCUUCGGCGUAAGGAUCGACCUGAUUUGAAAGAUCAUGUGCUUCCAAUACUAGAGAGGUUGAAAGAAGUUUCUGAUAGGGCUCAUCAUUCUGCUUCAAUGAUUACUAUUAAACCCAAACCUCCAAACCAUUUUAUCUGCCCUAUACUUCAGGAUCUGAUGGAUGAUCCUUGUGUUGCCGCAGAUGGAUAUACAUACAAUCGCAAUGCGAUUGAAAAGUGGCUUGAAGAAAAUGAAAAAUCACCUAUGACAAACAUGGAUUUGCCUCAUAAACUUCUAAUUCCUAAUUACACACUUUUAUCAGCAAUUUUGGAGUGGAAGUCCAAAGAAAUAUGAUACUGCAUUAUCUUUUUUCAAUGUUGAUAUUGAGUUAAAUAGUUUUUCCAAAGUAGCGUGGCUUAAUAGUUCAAUGUGUAGGUCUGCAUGACAUGCGACAGUCUCUUGGAUGCAGAUUUUGGAUAGGGAGAUUGAAUUUUCAUUGUAAAUAAAUUUGAUUCUAUUCUCUGAUUAUGUAUGUAAUUUUUUGUAUCAUAGUUCAUAUAUUGAAUAAUCAUUCUUUUUGUCUCAACUCUGAUUGUUAAGAGAAAAGAAUUGUGGUAAUUUAUAAUUCGGUAAGUAAAGUUUCACUUCAACGAGACUUUAAACUCGUGUA